AGAGAGAGAGAGAGAUGUAUGCUCGAUCUAUAUAAGCAAAGAUAAAUCACCUUCGAGAUACAUAUAUCAUUUCGCUCUUCGAUUGAGAGAGAUUUUGUAUGGUCAAAUUUAGAAUAUAGAUAGUUUCUAUUGGGCAUUUCCCUCGUCAAAAUCUAUGUUAAUCUUUGCUCUUUUAGCAUUAUUUUCAGUGGGUUUGCAGUGAAAGAAAAGCGUAAAGAUACGGGCUUUCCGGAUCGUUGAAUCUGUGUUCGCAUCAUUUGAUGUUUUCGGGCUGUGAUGGCAAACAAAUUCAAUUCAGGUGACAGUAGGACUAGGAGUUCUGUUUCGAUUUUUAUAAUAGCUGGUUUGUGCUGUUUCUUCUACUUACUGGGAGCAUGGCAGAGAAGUGGGUUUGGGAAAGGAGACAGUAUAGCAUUGGAGAUGACUAAGAGUGGAGAAAACUGCAAUAUCCUCCCAAAUCUCAAUUUUGAGACCCAUCAUGUUGUUGAAGCCGGAACCAUUAACGAUUCUGAUUCAGAGGUGAAAGUGUAUGAGCCAUGUACUUCUCGCUACGCGGAUUACACUCCUUGCCAAGAUCAAAGGCGUGCCAUGACUUUUCCAAGGGACAAUAUGAACUACCGUGAGAGACAUUGCCCUCCUCAAGAAGAGAAGUUGCAUUGCCUUAUUCCAGCACCUAAAGGUUAUGUUACCCCAUUUCCAUGGCCUAAGAGUCGUGAUUAUGUUCCCUAUGCCAAUGCACCGUAUAAGAGCUUGACAGUAGAGAAGGCUAUUCAGAACUGGAUUCAGUAUGAGGGCAAUGUGUUCAGGUUCCCUGGUGGAGGAACACAAUUUCCUCAAGGGGCUGAUAAAUACAUUGACCAGCUUGCUUCAGUAAUACCAAUUGAUAAUGGAAUUGUUCGAACUGCAUUGGACACCGGUUGCGGGGUUGCAAGUUGGGGUGCAUAUCUUUGGAAGAGGAAUGUUAUAGCAAUGUCGUUUGCACCAAGAGAUUCCCAUGAAGCCCAGGUUCAAUUUGCUCUUGAAAGGGGAGUACCUGCUGUUAUUGGUGUUCUUGGAACUGUAAAGAUGCCAUACCCAUCUAGAGCUUUUGAUAUGGCGCACUGUUCUCGGUGUCUAAUUCCUUGGGGAGCAAAUGAUGGAAUGUACAUGAAGGAAGUUGAUCGGGUUCUUAGACCUGGUGGCUACUGGGUCCUUUCUGGCCCUCCCAUCAAUUGGAAGACUAACUACAGAGCAUGGCAACGUCCUGAGAAGGAACUUCAGGAAGAACAAAGGAAGAUCGAAGAGAUUGCUAAACUUCUCUGCUGGGAGAAAAAGUCUGAGAAGGGUGAAAUUGCGAUAUGGCAAAAGAGAAUGGAUGCUGAUUCAUGUCGUUCUGCUCAAGAAAAUUCUGGAGCUACAUUUUGUAAAGCUGACGACCCUGAUGAUGUCUGGUACAAGAAAAUGGAGCCAUGUAUUACUCCAUAUAACAAAGCUAACAGAGAUGAAGAUUCUGCUGUGGAUGUCAAGCCUUUCCCUGAAAGGCUAUAUGCCGUUCCCCCUAGAAUUGCUAGUGGGUCUUUACCUGGAGUUUCUGUUGAGGAAUAUCUGGAGGACAACAAGAAAUGGAAAAAGCAUGUGAGGGCAUAUAAAAAGAUCAACAAAAUCAUUGACACAGGAAGGUAUCGCAACAUUAUGGAUAUGAAUGCCGGAUUGGGAGGAUUUGCUGCUGCACUGCAAUCUCCUAAAUUGUGGGUUAUGAACGUUAUGCCCACUAUCUCAGAGAAGAAUACCCUGGGUGUUGUAUAUGAAAGGGGGCUUAUUGGUAUUUAUCAUGACUGGUGUGAAGCGUUCUCUACAUGUCCAAGGACAUAUGACCUCAUCCAUGCUAAUGGUGUUUUUAGCUUGUACAAAAAUAAGUGUAACUUCGAAGAUAUCCUUCUGGAGAUGGACCGGAUACUGCGGCCAGAAGGUGCAAUUAUCUUCCGAGAUGAAGUAGAUGUGCUUAUCAAGGUGAAGAAGAUUAUAGGAGGUAUGAAAUAUGACUCAAAGUUAGUAGAUCACGAGGACGGUCCUCUUGUUCCCGAGAAAAUACUUGUUGCAGUUAAACAAUAUUGGGUAGGCAACUCCACUUCAGUGCAGUGAAAAGCCAGUACAAUGUCAGCGCGGGACUAGCAGACAACAGGAUUCCGGGAAAAAUUCUUUUAUCCCUCGUGCAACUCCACAGUUACAAGCUUCGUUUGGCCUGCUAGAAAAGUUCUGGCAGUGGAUGUGGAUUCAUUGGUCCCAAUUGAUUCAACUGUACUUGUAACGUUAACAUUUAUUUAUCCUUUGAGCUUCUUUUACUGUGAUGUGUCUCCAGUCUUGCUAGAACUUUAGAAUUCAUUUAAGAAACUAGGAAAAUUUACCAGAUAUUUCCUUUUUGAUUUGAUAAUUUUUUAAAGCUAUUUACAAGUCUGUGGGAGCAAUCGCAAUUCGAGUUA